AUGAGCAUGAACGCCCAGCCGCACAUGGUAGUCGACAACACCGUCGGCGCGUCGCUAGUCGGCGCCCUCUGUGCAGCAGCCUUGUAUGGCGUCUCCUGCGUGCAGACCUGGUGGUAUUUCACGCGAUAUGGGGCGGACGUCUGGUACAUCAAGGCUCUUGUCCUACUCGUAUUCGUCUUCGACACGGUGCAUCAAAUAUUGAUCUCCCAUACGGUCUACUUCUACGUUGUAUCAAAUUACAACAAUCCCGGUAGCCUCAACAACAUGACUUGGUUUCUGGAGGUCUUGUUCAACGGCAUGAUCGGCUUGCUAGUUCAAGGCUUCCUGACCAUGCGGGUGUGGAAGCUGAGCAAUAAGUGCAAGUGGCUGACGGGCCUCAUCACGGGUCUGGUGGUUAGCGAAUUCGCAUGCUCGGUCGUCUUUACCGCGAAAUCCCUCCAGCUGGAAACAUGGUCCCAACUUUCGUCUAUGAAGCCCCUCUCCAUGACCGUCAACGUCCUCGGCGCGGUCGCGGACGUCAUCAUUGCCGCCGGGCUCUUCUAUUACCUGCACCGCUCGCGCACAGGGUUCAAGAAGUCGGACACGAUGAUCAGCAAGUUGAUCAUGUUCGCCGUCAGCACGGGUAUGUUGACAAGCGUCUGCGCCAUUGGGUCCCUCAUCUCCAUCUCGGUCUGGGGAGACACCCUCAUCUACGUCGCGUUCUACUUCAGAUACUCCAACUCCCUCCUCGCCACGCUCAACGCGCGGAAGGACAUCCGCGAGCUCAUCGACGACCCCGAAAGCCUAUCGUUCUCGUUGCAGAGCAGGUCAAAAUCGAUACAUAAUCGCACGUUCGGAUCGCAGCGCCCGACGAACAUUUCCGUCCAGAUCGAGACCAUCCAGGAGCGCGUGCGCGAGCAGGAGCAGCGCUCGCAGGACGACCUGCGCGAGUCGACCGACGCCGGGACAUCGACAACGCACGAGACGGCGACGGGGGCGCAGUAG